UCACCCUCUGACGUUCAGCAGUCCUUUGCGCAGCGCGUGAGAAGUUAAACAUGGCGGCUUUGUGUGCGCGUGCAGUGCGGUACAUUUUAACAGCUCCUUCUUUAUCAAGGAGGACGCCGCGGCUUCUAUGCACGGCGGCUCAGCAGAAGAGUCCAGGAGGACCAGAAGAAGAAACCGGAGGUCAAAAACCAGAGCAGAGCGCAGCGGAGAAGGUGAUAGCCGAGGAGAAAGGGCAGCUAGAAGAGCAGCUGAAUGAACUGACGGAUAAAUACAAGCGAGCGCUGGCUGAUACAGAGAACCUAAGGCAGAGAAGUCAGAAGUUGGUAGAUGAUGCUAAACUUUAUGGAAUCCAGGCUUUCUGUAAAGACCUUCUCGAAGUGGCAGACGUCUUGGAGAAGGCGACUCAGAGCGUCCCGAAGGAGGAGGUGUCCUCACAGAACCCUCACCUGAAGAACCUGUAUGAUGGGCUGGUGAUGACCCAGGUCCAGAUCCAGAAGGUUUUCACCAAACACGGUCUGGUGAAACUGGACCCGGUCGGGCUGAAGUUCGACCCGUACGAGCACGAGGCGCUGUUCCAAAUACCCCACGAGGGCCAGGAGCCUGGCACCGUCGCCACGGUUACCAAAGUGGGCUACAAGCUGCAUGGCCGCACGUUGCGACCCGCGCUCGUUGGCGUGGUUAAAGCUCAGUAAAAACCCGGUUUGGUCUGGCUCGGCUUUCCGGUUCGAUACGGUUUGCCUGAACACGACCUGGACGUAGGGAUGCUAGCGGACUGAUGUGAAUUCCUCUAUGAUUAAUAUCACAGUUUAUAUCAUAAUGAUAGAGGUUGAAGACAGCGAGUGGGGGGGAAAAAGUUUUCGUUCCGUUCACUUUAAGAAAAGGGGCGUGAUCCAAACAUCCCGCAUGUGUGUAUGAAGAUGUGAUGAUGAGACAAACCAGUGUGAACGCAUUUCUCUCACUGCUCUUAAGAAAUGAAAAAAGGGUCCAUGAAAAUGAUGAAAUCAGCUGUAUUAAUGUUUCUCCAUGACUUUGUAUCUAUAUUCAUAUAUUUAAAUGCCUUUUGUCCUGUC